CCGGAAGCACUUUUUCCUCAGUCACUUACGCAAAUUAUUUUUUUUUGUAAUUGUCGUCCGGAGAGCAGGAAACCAUGGCAGACCUUGGCAUCAAAGCAGGAGACAAAGUGUUGUUGGUGUGGGCUCAGCCGUCAAAGCCAGAAGCCUUGAAACAGUAUGCUGAUGACCUGGGGGCAGCUGUAGGUGCAGAUGGAAAAGUGUCUGUGGAGAACAUGGAGAGACUGUCACUCUCCUCUCAUGCAGCCUCUUCCUUUGACUGGGUGCUCUCGUGUCUUGUGGCCGACAGCUCCUCCAUCCACAGCCCGGACACUUUAGCUGAGAUGGUCAGAGUGCUGAAACCUGGCGGGAAGCUGGUCCUGGAUGAACCAGUCACAGGCACAGAAGCACAAAGUAUGAGGUCUGCGGAGAAACUCAUGUCGGCUCUGAAGUUGUCUGGCUUCAUUUCAGUGACGGAGGUCAGUGAAACAGAACUUAGUCCAGAGGCGCUGAGCUCCCUCAGAGCAGCCAUUGGUUACCAAGGAAACACUCUUUUUAAAGUGCGCAUAUCCGCCUCCAAACCCAAGUACGAGGUGGGAUCCUCCAGCCAGAUCCAGCUGUCGUUUGGGAAAAAGACGCCUAGGCCAGCAGAGAAACCAGCUCUGGAUCCCAGCACAAAGAAAAUGUGGAUGCUGUCAGCCAAUGAGAUGAACGACGAUGAUGUGGAUUUGUUGGACUCUGACGCUCUGCUCGAUGAUGAUGAUCUAAAGAAGCCAGACGCGGCUUCUCUUAAAGCUCCAAACUGCGGAGAAGGAGCUGACAAGAAGAAAAAAGCCUGCAAGAACUGUUCAUGUGGGCUUGCUGAGGAAUUGGAGCAGAAGAGUCAGGAAAAACAGAAAACCGACCUACCGAAGUCUGCAUGUGGAAGUUGUUACCUUGGCGACGCCUUCCGCUGUGCCAGCUGCCCGUACCUGGGAAUGCCAGCGUUCAAACCGGGGGAGAAGAUUGUCCUGGACAACAACACACUGACAGAUGCUUGAAACUGAAAGGUUCCACAGCUCUGUUGCUCAAGCUUCAGGAAAUUAAUAACAUUCCUUUGUUUUCCAUCCACCCAGAAGACAUCAGCCCUUUUGGGGUUUUUCAGUGGGCAUAACUGAUAUCGAUGUCACUGAAAUGUUUUCCAUGCAACCCCGUACAACUGCACAGGAGAGUCGCGUUUAUUUAACCAGCUACACCAAGAUUUCAAUGAAAGGAGAAGCUGAGCAAAGUUUAAACAAGUCUUUACAAAUUUGUAGCUCAUAGUGUGAAAACUUGCCAUCAACAAAAUCUGCAGUUUGGUUCUCGAAUUAGAAGGUGCCAGAUUUUCAUGGGUCAGAAGCAAAUGGAUCCAUGAGUGAUCCUGGAUUUUUUCUGUUAGUGUAGUAAUGAAACUGUUUACUUCAGGUUUCUAAUAGUUUUUUCAUGGGAUUAAAGUCAUGCAGCAGGAACAACAGGGAUCAUUGAAGCGUAGGGAUGCAGAAAGCUGCAAAAAACAGCAUUUAAUUGUUGAACUGAAGCUUAUUUAUGUAAAUGAAGUCAUUUCACUUUUUCAUUUAUAACAAAUAAAGGACAAAUUAUGUUUCAA